AUGACAAAAGGAAUCUACUUGCACCUCCCAAUCGAUAUUGACACUUCGAAAAGCUAUGAAAUACCAACUAUUGAGAAUCAAAAGGAUGUAUUGAUUGAGGCUAUUCUCAGUGCUCCACAAGAGCCAGAGGAAGCAGCCAACCAACAACCACAACAGAGCAAUGUUAACUCAUUUUCCUUUGGUAACUUUGCUAAUAACAAUAAUAGAAAAGCAACUCAAGAAAUGAAAGCAGAGGAAAAAAUUAUGAAAGCUCAACACUUCAAUUGGAUUGAUAUCAUGUCUUUUUCACAUAACGUUGCAUCCGCAGCUGGAUCGAAAUCUUUAAGAUCUAAAAGAAUCAAAAUGGUUAAUGGCGAUGAGGAAGCUCAUGUUGGUGAGUUUACUUGCACCAAGUUUGUUUCUCAUGCCACACCAUCGUUGAACUACUUGUGUUUGAGACGUGAGAUCAUUCCACAUGCUAUAAUCCGUAUCUUGGACAAGAUCCAAAAGGAUGAGGAUGCCUUCAAGAUCAACAUCAUCGAAUAUGAGUUGCAAUAUGUGAGAGUCUCACACGUCUCGGUCAGUGGAGGAACCGGUGGUAAACCAGUGGAGACUCUCUCACUCUCGCCGCGCGUCAUCAAGACAAAGUACAUCGACUUGAAUUUCCACACCAGGGAAUUCGACACCUAUCAAGUCUACCAUUGGGACACCAUCACCAACACCGGUUCCAAGACGAUAUUCUCGCAGGGCAGCGCAACCAAAUCGCUCUUGGAGUACGCCAAGAAGCGUUUGAUGAUCGAUCUCGACUCGCAGGAUCCAUCGAUGAUCGCUCUCAUCAAGGAACUCGGUCUGGUCACCGACUACGAGUUGCCCUCGGAAAAGCUAGAGUCACACACCAUCAAGAUUUCCGUCUCGAAAGAACCGAUCACAUUCAAGCGAAUCACCGUGAAAUCACUCACCAUUAAAUCAGUGAUUGCCGCCAUCGCAGAGAAACUCGCUAUUCCCGCCCAAUCAAUCACCAACCUCUUCAGCAUUGACAACAACAACACCGAAAUCGAAACAGACGAAGAUCUCCAAGGAACAACAUCAAUUCUAUUCAAACAAGCCGGUGGAAAGUUCUAUGGUUAUUAA